CCCGUGGGCGGCUUCCCCCACCACCCGGUGGUGCACCAUGAGGGCUACCCUUUCGCUGCCGCCGCCGCUGCCGCCGCCGCCGCCGCCACCCGCUGUGGCCACGAGGAGAACCCCUACUUCCACGGCUGGCUCAUCAGCAGCCACCCGGAGAUGUCCCCCCCCGACUACAGCAUGGCUCUGUCCUACAGCCCUGAGUACGCCAACGGGGCGCCGGGCAUGGACCACUCCCAUUACGGGGGGGUGCCGCCCGGGAACGGCCCGCCCGGGCGCCCGCCCGGGCUCGGGGGGCCCCGGCCGGUGAAACGCAGGGGCACGGCGAACCGCAAGGAGCGGCGCAGGACUCAGAGCAUCAACAGCGCCUUCGCGGAGCUGAGGGAGUGCAUCCCCAACGUGCCCGCCGACACCAAGCUCUCCAAGAUCAAAACCCUCCGUCUGGCCACCAGCUACAUCGCCUACCUCAUGGACCUGCUGGCGAAGGACGACCAGAACGGGGAGGCGGAGGCUUUCAAGGCAGAGAUCAAGAAGACAGACGUGAAGGAAGAGAAGAGGAAGAAAGAGCUGAACGAAAUCUUGAAAAGCACAGUUAGCAGCAACGAUAAGAAAACCAAAGGGAGGACUGGCUGGCCGCAGCAUGUCUGGGCUUUGGAGCUCAAGCAGUGAGCACGGCAGGACUGGAGGAGCCGUCCUCUUAGUCUCGGUAGUGAGCUCUCCUCUGAGGACUCUUUGUAUUUGGAAUCAUCCAGUUUAUUUAUGUGCAAUUUCUCCCCCAACCCCCCAAAAUGUGGAUAUUUGAAGGAGAGGGAAAAAGCAUUCCAUAUAUGAAGAGGAAACUCCGGCUUGGUAAGGGGUAAUGUCUCUAAAUGUUUUGUGAAUGUUAUUUGCUCUGUAUAAAACACGUGGGAAAAACAGAACCAUAGAAAAAGGAAAAAAAAUCCCUCCCUGGCAUUAGUGUGUAUGUGAAGUGUAUCUUUAAUACUUGGCCUUUUGGAUAUAAAUAUUCAUGGGAUUAUAAAGCUAUAUUUCAACAGAAGCAGUUGCACCAAUGUUUCGAUUGACUCGGUAUUUAGUGUUGUAAUUUUGUUGUGGUCGUUCAGUAUUUGAAGAUGUUUUCAACAGUUAUCGGUUAUGUGCACUUCCGUCCAUAAGGGAAAAAGUGGAAUCUAAUUAAUAUUGAAGGUGUAAACGUUGUAAGUACUCAAUAAACCACUGUGUGUG